AACCUGUCGAUGUUUUACCGUGCUGCUCUUGACUUGGCCUUGCUGGGCAUCCCCUCGGGCCCCGGGGGGACCUCCCACCGUGCAGGGAAGUAGUUGUGCCCACGGGCUGGCCGGGCGAGUCCUUGAUCCGGUCACACCUUCUGGUGUCAGCGGUGGCGGGGUCCUGGGACUAGAACUCAGGAAAGAGUUAAUCAAGUGGUUCUUCUUCCCAUUCGGCAAGGAAGGAGAAUGAGGAACGUGUGAGGAACACGUGUAACUUGACUCUGACCACCCGGUGAGGGCCUAAAAAUAGCCCCGGUGUGAGCGCCGAGGGCAUGGUCAAACCCUCUUUCCGGCAUCUCUGCCCUUCUGCGCAGCACACUCCAAGUCUACGGACCUGGGAAACGUCACCUGAGGAAGGCCUGAUCUCUGUGUCUGUCCGUCUUUCUGGCUGAGGUGCAUCCGAACUCUCCUCCUGCCACGGCGGACGCUUUUUCAGGAAAAAGAUGAGUGUCCAUGACCAUUCCAGGCAAAGGUGUCCACUCCAGUGCAGCCCGGGACCCUGGGGAGGCCCAACCCACGGGGAGUCUAGCUCAAGACGAGAUGUCUUGGAAUCGUCGGCAGGGAGAGGGUGUGGAAAGGCCCCUCUACCCGAGAGGAUUUUCUUGGGGUGGUGUCUUCCACCGCAGAAUCUCCCCAGGGUCGUAAGCUAGGCUGUGAGCUCGUUAAAGGCAGGGAACGUGACUGCUAAUUCUGUUGUAUUGUACUCUCCCAAGUGCUUAGGAUAGUGCUCUGCGCAUAGUAAGCACUCAGUAAAUAUGAUUAUUGAUGAUGACAUCCCGGCCCCGAGCAUCCCGGGGGUCGGGGCGCUGCAGCAUGGGGAGAGACGGGGCCGGGCUCGGGGACUCGGUGAGCCAGAUCUCAGCCGAGGGGAUUGAGUCCGGGGACGUGUCGGCAGAGUUGGGGGCCCGGCCCGAGGUCUGAGGGACGGCAACCCGACCGGGCCUGCGGGCUUCGGCGGGUGGCAGAGACCCACUGCGGUCCACCUGGCCAUCCGGCCAAACCACUGCUGGGCAUCCAGCCGGAAUGUUGCCGGGGACCGCAGGCAGGGGAGGAAGGAGGGACCGCUUCCCGGACGGCAAGUUUAAACGGGAUGUGUGCCAGGGAAGGGUAGAGUGGGGCAGACCCACUGUACCCGCUGUACCGAGAGCCGUGGUGCCACGGUAGGCAGGCGCCAGUAUGUCCCCAACAGCUUCUCUGGUCGCCGCACAACUCGGUCCUCACCUUGGUGGCGCCGGUCAGGAAGCGUUACGGCCGGCCUCACGGUGGCCCCGCUGCCAUCGGUGUCACUGGCCCCCGAUCCUGCUGCAGACUCCACACGGGCAUCGGGACCACGUGCCGCUCCCGUGCCCGCCUGCGGUCUGCCACUGGCCGUCCUGGCCAAGCGGAAGGGUCGGAGUCCUCUAGGGGUGACCCUGGUCCUCGGCAAGCGAGUCAGCACGACCGGGGGCUUGCAGGGAACUGGCUGCGGGGCCGGAGGGGCAAGCGGCGAGGGGGCCGUCGGGCCAUCGAGACUAAUGCCGCGCCUCCCUUCCGUUUCCCCGGCAGGUCCCUCCCCCGCCAUGGCCGCCGCCGAGACUCCCGCCGGGGCCUGCCUGGCGUCGAGCGUGCUGAGCUGGGAGCAGGUGCGCCGCCUGGACGAGGUCCUGACCGAGGUGGUGCCCGUCCACGGGCGGGGCAACUUCCCCACCCUGCAGCUGACCCUCAAGGACAUCGUCCAGACGGUGCGCUCCCAGCUGGAGGAGGCCGGCAUCCACGUGCGGGACGUCCGCCUGAAUGGCUCGGCGGCCGGCCACGUGGUGGUCCGGGACAACGGGCUGGGCUGCAAAGACCUGGACCUCAUCUUCCACGUGGCCCUGCCCACGGAGGGCGACUUCCAGCUGGUGCGCGACGUGGUUCUGGGCUCCCUGCUGCUCUUCCUGCCGGCGGGCGUGAACCGGCUGAAGAUCAGCCCCGGCACGUUGAAGGAGGCCUACGUCCAGAAGCUGGUCAAGGUGUGCACGGAGGCCGACCGCUGGAGCCUCAUCUCGCUGUCCAACAGGGAUGGGCGGAACGUGGAGCUCAAGUUCGUGGACUCGAUCCGGCGCCAGUUUGAAUUCAGCGUGGACUCGUUCCAGAUCGUCCUGGACUCGCUGCUCCGCUACUACGGCUGCGCCGAGCAGCCCAUGUCGGAGCACUUCCACCCGACGGUGGUCGGCGAGAGCGUCUACGGGGACUUCGGGGCGGCCCUGGAGCACCUCCGCAGGCGGCUGAUCGCCACCAAGAACCCGGAGGAGAUCCGCGGGGGCGGCCUGCUCAAGUACAGCCACCUCCUGGUCCGGGACUUCCGGCCCCUGGACCAGGACCGGAUCAAGACGCUGGAGCGCUACAUGUGCUCCCGGUUCUUCAUCGACUUCCCCGACCUCGCGGAGCAGCGACGCAAGCUGGAGGCCUACCUGCAGACCCAUUUCGCCAAGGAAGAGAGGAGCCGCUAUACCUACCUGGUGACUCUGCACCGCGUGGUCAACGAGAGCACCGUGUGCCUCAUGGGGCACGAGCGCCGUCAGACGCUCAACCUCAUCUCCCUGCUGGCCCUGCGGGUGCUGGCCCAGCUCAAUGGCCUCCCCGACGCCACCAGCGUCACCUGCUACUACCAGCCCGCGCCGUACGUCGGCGACGGCCACUUUGGCGGCUACUACGUCCCCGGCCCGACGUCCGGACCCCGCGGCCCCGCGUACCCCACCUGGCUGCCCUGCAACUAGCCCGAGCCCUCUGGGCCCUCCGGAUCGGGGAAGGGGUCGGGGAGGGCCCGGCUGGCCGGGGCUCACGGCUCUGGUCCCGGAGCAGUCCGUUGGCCUGCCUUGAGGGACCCCCUUGUGGGCAGCCCCGCGGAGGACAGGGCGGUCUGCCCGCCCGUCCAGAACUCUCCCAAAGAGCUGGUGUUUCUGAUCCCAAACUCUGGCUCUUGGGAAUCUGGUCGCCAGCCGGCCAUUGGGGCUGGAGUUUCUUGGGCGGGUGAGGGGGGGCUCGGACCAACCACCUCUGGCUGCCCCUCUUUCCGCUUGCUGAUCCAGCCCCCUUGGCUUCCAUUGUGAAGUCAUGGCUUGAGCUCCUUUUGAUUGUCCUGGUCUUGCAGUGGUCUCGGUAAAGGUGCGGUGAGUGUGUGUGUGUGCGCGCGCGCGCCUCCGACCCCAUCUGUCCGUCUGUCCAACAUCGAGCCCGACUCUGCCCUGUGAGGGUCCAGUGGGGACUCGGGUCCUGCUAUCCCCUCUCGUUAUUGGAAUGAAAAAUGGGGAUGUUAAAACUCGUUUUUUCACACCUUUCCCUAAAAGUCACAUUGAGGUGAGAGAGUCCUAAAACAAAUUUUGAUGGGAUGGGAAAGGAAUUUUGACUCUGAAAAGCGUGGGCUUUCUCUUGGAACGGAACUCUCUACCCAACUAACUCUUGCCACGGGAGUUGGCUUGGUGCCGGGUGCCCUGCUGGCUUCGAUGUCAUGGCCGCGUUCCACCUGGUCAGAUGCGUGGGGUGGGGCUGGUGGAGUCCGGGCUGAAUUUCUCGAAAUGGGGCCACGGCAGCUCUCGGUGCCCAGCUUCCUGUCUCUACCCCAGGUCCGGACUGCCUUCCCACUCCAGAGCUGGCUGAACUGGCCAACCCGUUGAUCCCACUGAAAGACCCAGGGGAAAGAGUCGCUUGGUCUGGUGGGGCCUAAUGGCUCCAGACCUUGUAAUCCCGGCCCUAGCGGUCCUCCCCUUGACUGCGAGGAGGGUGGGAGGGGAGGGGUUGACCGCCUCUUCUCACCACUGGUGGGUGGCAAGAGACUGGUGACAUGAGUGGGGAGGAAGGGCACCCCCUUUCCCCCAAUCCCCCCAGGUCAUGAAGGAAACUGGGAACUAAAACCAUCUGUUCUCCAAGCUGCUUGGCCUUGGCAAAUAGCUCGUGGACUUCCGCAACUAGCGGCUCUAGCUUGGGAGUGGCGGCUCCGUGUUCCUGUGCUUUGCGAGGCAGGAUGGCGGCGGCCCUCCUAGAGCGGCCGGGGCAGAGUGUGCUGGGUAACCCGAGCUGGCCACCGGCCUCGGCUCCUACGCAUCUGGAGCCCCCCGCUCUCUCGGCACUGUGCUGGGGAUGAAUUUUGAAUUAGCGUUGGAAAGGUCCCGGGCUCUACCAGUCUCAACUCUUUGUCGGUCACGGGUCGAGUUGGCAUUCCUAACCUGGAGUUCUCCGUAGCGAUCGGCGCGGGUGGUUUCUACUCCACCUGUGCAGUGCCGGCCCAGACCUCAGCCGCCUCACAUCUCCCUGCCGCCUUGUCCUUGGGCCCGGGAUGAAGCCGCUCUCUCCCAGAGCAGGAAGCGUUUCCACUUUGCUGGACGGAGCGCCUCUCCGAGCGCGGCCAGCGGCUCGCACCGUGGACUAGUCGGCGGUCGGCCGCCUUCCUCUGGCCCAGGCGAUUCCACGCUCCCUCCCUCUUUCUGCAGGAAGCAAAGACUGGCUCCUGCCUCUUGGCAAAGAUCUGGCCGGAGGAAGCUGGAGGGACUCGGAGCUGCGGGCUCAAGCGUAGGCAACCUGAAGAUGGGCGGGGCUUCAGAGAACCGAGAUCCGACCUGUGCCAUGUUUGUUCUUCCAGGCAUCUGGUUGUCCAAGACUUUAGUUGUUGAAUUCGCCGUUGUGGUAUGAUGGCAGUGUGUUUGCACUAAAAGUACUGCUCAGAGG